AUGGAGACUGUCUCCUCCCCAGGGCCCCAUGCUAUCGUUCUAGUGGUGCCACUGAGCCUUUACACUGAGGAGGAAAAAAAAGCAGUCAAACGAAUACAAGAUAUUUUUGGAGCUGGAUCCAUGAGGUACAUGAUCCUGUUAUUCACUCGGAAAGAUGAUUUAGAAGGUACCAAAUUAGAAGAGUUCAUAAAAGGCUCUGAUGCCCAAGGCCUUUGUGAGCUGGUAGGAAAAUUUGGAAAACAAUACUGUGCAUUCAACAACAGAGCAACUGGAGAAGAACGGGAUGCCCAGGUUAAUGAGCUGCUGGGGAUGGUAGAUAAGAUGGUGCGGGAGAACAGAGGCACAUGUUACACAAAUGAGAUGUAUAAAUAUGCUGAGAAGAAGCUUCAAGAGAAAACAGAGGAGCUGAAGAAAUACUAUGCAGAGCAGCUGGAAAGAGAGAAAGAGAAAAUAAAACAUGAUUAUGAGGAGCAAAUAAAACGACUCAAGGAAGAAUUAAAAAGAAGGGAUGAAGCACAAAAGCAGUAUCAAGAUGAAAAGGAGAAGAUAAUGUGGCACAAAGAAGUAGCAGAAAAGGAGUUGGUUUUGCAACAACAAAAAUUGAGACUUUUAGGAGAAAAAGAGAGAGAUUGUGCUGUAAAACAAGCAGGAGCCAGGGAAGAAGCUGAAAGUGGUGUAAUAUGGGAAAUGGUUUUGGGUGCUUUUACACUUGCUUUUAAAGUAAUUAAGGUUUGGUUUAAGGAUGACUGAGUUACACUUAACUUCUCAAUCCUGUUAUGCUGAGUCUAUAAAAGUCGCAAAUGAAGUUUCACUGCUUGUUAAACCUACGGACCCCAACGUUCUGCAUUUUAGGACCAAAUUAAGCCCUGGUGUAGCUCCACUGAAGCCAGUGGAGCUACACCAGGAAUGAAAUGGGCCCUUAAUUGCUAAGAUACCUUCUCACUUGUGCUAGUGAAUCUAUGACAUGCUUUGAUAAUCUAUUCCAAGGGCUAACUGCUAUCGCUGUUAUAAUGCACGAAUUCAAUGUGUGCAAUAUAAUUACAUGACUUAGUAUAAACAUAAACAAUAUACAUACAUGACAGAGGUAUAUAUAUUGCCAUGUACACAUCUGCUAUGCAGCUAUGCACUGCUGGGCUCCUGCUCCAGGAACACUUCAGGAAGCUAAUAACGAAAUAUUUGACUUGUAGAUUCCUUGGUAGAUAAACAGAAAAUUUGGGAAAUAGAACCAGGAGACCCAAUCUGAGAAUCAUAGAGGUGAAGAACAGCAUGGAAAGGAAUGACCACCCUGUUUUUGUACAUUAGUUUCUAAUCCUGAAGGAGAAUGAGGAAGAGGUAUUU